GCCAUUUAUGUUAAGAUCACAAUUUUGACACAAAAAUGGUCUGAUUUGGAUUUACUUCAUCGCGCAAAAUGAAAAGCCACGUCGUUUUUGCCUAAAAUCCUAUUUUUCUUCUUCUUCUAAAACCCUAAAACCCUCCAUUCAAAACGUCGAUCCACCCCAAAAUGCAAUUUCUCAUCGAACAAUCAACAACAUUAUUGAAAUCGAGAUCCGGCUCAAACUUCAAAUGCCUAGUCAAUGGAAUCCACCUCGUUUCUCGAAGAUCCAUGUCCCAGUCCACCUCCAUUCCCAGAAAGCAGCAACGAGUCCGCGACCAUGGCUUCGACGAUUACAUGGAAGUGGAGAAGAAAAUACGCAAAGUUCUGAAAUUCCAGGACCUCAUUCUUUCACAGCCUAGUUCAAUUCUUUCCAUUUCUCGGCUAGACAUGAUGUCCCGCCGAUUGGGUUUCAAACAGUUCGAAGCGGGUCGGUUCAUCCUUAAAUUCCCUCAUGUUUUUGAAGUCUUUGAACACCCUGUUCAAAGAAUCCUGUAUUGUAGGCUUUCUCGCAAAUCCCAGAUUCAAAUUCAGCAAGAGAAUCAAGCCCUUCUGGAGCAGCUGCCCGAAGCCGUAAUUCGACUCCGCAAGCUCUUAAUGCUCUCCAAUACGGGUCGUCUGCGGUUAGAACAUGUCCGGAUUGCCCGAAGUGAGUUUGGUUUACCUGAUGAUUUUGAAGUUUCUAUUGUCCUCAAGUACCCUCAGUUCUUUAGAUUGUUUGAUGCUGAAGAGGCUCGGAAUAAGUAUAUCGAGGUUGUGGAGAAAGACCCGGAUUUAGCUCGAUGUGCUAUUGAGACUGCUAGGGAGAAAGAGUAUAGAGAGAAAGGUGCAGAUGCAGAGAAUAUUCGUUUUGCUUUUAUUGUUAAUUUUCCUCCUGGUUUCAAGAUUGGUAAGUAUUACAAGAUUGCAGUGUGGAAGUGGCAGAGACUGCCGUAUUGGUCUCCUUAUGAAGAUGUUUCCGGUUAUGAUUUGAGGUCACUUGAAGCACAAAAGAGAAUGGAGAAGCGAGCUGUUGCUACCAUCCAUGAGUUGUUAUCUUUGACCGUUGAAAAGAAGAUAACUUUGGAGAGGAUAGCACACUUUAGGCUGGCGAUGGAUUUGCCUAGAAAGCUCAAAGAGUUUCUGCUCCAGCAUCAGGGAAUUUUUUACAUAUCAACCAGGGGGAAUCAAGGGAAAUUGCAUACUGUUUUCCUCAGAGAAGCUUAUAAGAAAGGAGAGUUGAUUCAGCCAAAUGAUUUGUAUUUAGCUAGGAGAAAGCUGGCCGAAUUAGUAUUAAUCAGCCCAAGAAAGGCUAAAGUGGACAAAGCACUGGUUUCCUAUAGAAGGGAUGGUGAGGAACAGGAAAUGGAUGGUUCAAAGAGGGACUUUCUGAAGAAUGGGUUCAACGGUUUCGCAACUAGUGACAGUGGCUAUCAUGACGAGGAACCAGAUGGAGACCUAGAUUCUGGUGUGGAACAUAAUGGUGGUAGCACUGAUUAUUCCGACCAGGAAAAUGUAGAUGCGAAUGAUGCUUUUUUGUCAGAGUAAAUUAAGUUGCUAUUCAAAGAGUGUGGAGCUUUGGAAAUUAAGAUGCUAAAGUCGAUUGCCAGACCUUUCAAACUGUUAGGCUGAAAGUAAAUCAUGGACCAUCAUUACAGGUUUUCCCGGAAGAAUGGAUGCCCUGCUUCUGGGUUGACUGAUGGUGUUGCAUAGAUGUUGCCAAAGAAAGUGGACUAGUGGAGCCUUCUUGAGUGUAUCUGAUUUUUUGAGGGGAGACUUACCAAGAGUGUUAGAUUUGUAUGGCUCACACAGAAAUUGAUAACUGCUUGUCUAUUAUGUGAGCCCAGUAUAGCUGCCUUCUUUUCAAUAUUGUGCGGCCCUCAAUAUUCUGAAGUGAUCCCUCCUAAUGUCUUUAACCAGAAAUGACAAGUAAUCCUUAUGUCAUAAUGUCCUGAUUAAUUGACUAAAGGAACGCGCAUAAAGAUUGAUUUAGAAUCUAAGUGAUGCAUUGGUCAGUUACUGUGUGUUUGAAAUCAGAGCAUCUCCGGAGCAUGUUGUGAUGGUUUUUCUCAUUUAAGAUGUAAUUAUUUUCCUUGAAAUUAUCUGAUUUCUCUCUUGAUACACUCUCUAACCUACUUUACGGUUGACAAAGUCACUGGAUCCUUGCACAAGAAAAGAGGAGAGCUGAUUUCAUGAACAUUGACUUCAUAAGGCCCUUCAAUUCAUUUAUAACUGUAAUCUUUCAUAUGUAUGCAAUGGUUUUAAUGGAAAAUUGAUGAUGCAUCCCAUUGCCUUCUGACAUGGUGUUGGCUUUCAUCUGUCAGGUAUGUCUACCUAAUUUAUUGAUACUAUAUGGUUAAAUAGUUUCCUAGAUUCACUGAAGUCAUGGAAGUGCUGAUCAGAGUUUGUGUGUCUUUUAAUGAAUGUCGGGGUCGACUUGUUCUGUACUUGACUACUUGUUAACUUGUUUGGCACUCAGAAUCUUUAGAUCCUAGUUUCUGUCUCAGUUGAAACUCACUGGGAUGCUUGUUAUAUCACAGCCUUUUCUGGUUGUCUACAAUUUACUUAAAUGCAAAUAAAUUUUGGAUACAGUUAAGUCCUGCGCUAUUCAUUAAAUUGUGCAUUAUGUCGUUGGAGCCAUGUUUGGAAUGUGUGUAAAUGACUUCAUUAUGAUUCUUAUGUGACACAUUGGUUGGGAAGAAGUAAAAUUUUAAAAAUCAUGGCACCUAAGAGUUGCAAAUGAAAAUUUCUGAUGUACCAAAGACAUCCUUAUAGUUUGUUUUCUUUGCAUAGCCUUAUUGAUUAAUUAAAAUGGCUAAAUGACUAAAUAAAAUGGCUAAAUGCUGAUUGGUUAAAAUCUAUGCGCUUCAACUUAGUUCCAUCAACUUAGAAGUGAACAAGUGAGAAAAAGAAAAGGAUAUAGAAGAUCAGCUGUUCUUGUAUCCUUGUAAAACCGGUGCAAGCAGCUCGGUGUUGGUUAAACUGGAAGUUUGUGUGUUGGUGCUCCACAAAUCGUCGACCUUGUUCUUUAGGUUUUAUUUGUGUGCAUGAUGAUUAUUUUUCUGAGAAAAAUGUUGAUCAAAUGAGUAGAGUUAGUUGUAACUUGGAACAGGCAGAUAACUUAUUUUCGAUUGAUUUAUAUCAACGGAGCCUUGUAAUCUAGUUUGUUUGGUGCGGAAUAUUGUUUUAAGUUCCGUUGAUCAGGUAAGGAGGUGAAAAAAAAAAGAAGGAAAUCUAGAUCUCACAGAUGGAAGCUCCUUCUUGAUUUCAAUUUGUGCACCUAGGUUUUUCCCUUUCCAUUUAUUCCACUGCCCAGCUUGCUAUUCGUCAUUACUGAUUUGUUCAUUGUAAAUAUCUACACAUGAGACAAACUUAGGUUUAAUAUUAUAAACUAAGUAAUCUUGAUUGUCCUCUUGUUGAAUAAUUAUUGGCCGAAGCGGUGGAGAAGUCGCGAUCAUGAUCAUCAGCACAGCUGACUUUUGGUCCUUCCAUAUUCCAUUCUUCUAGGUAGGAAUUUUUCAGGUUUUUUUUUUUUUUUAUGAUUAAUGAUCCUGACUUACGCCUCAUUCUGCCUGGGAUUUGGUGAAGCUAUUUUUUAAGCUCUUCUUAAUCUCUCCCAUAAGUACAUCUCUUUCCUCUCAAAAUGCAGUCUACUCUAAACGUCUUAGAUUACCUAUUGGUGGAAUGGAAUCUAUGAGGAUGUAGCAUCCAAAUUUAUUUAUGUGGGUAUUGGGUGGUUGGGGUUAUGUUUCUUUAAGCUAUCAACAAUUGACAGGCAACAUUUGAAAAGAUUUUGAUUUUCCAGUCCACCAUUGAUGAGGUGAGACGCAACUCCAUAUUUUUGUCCACCAACAGUAGAUGAAUCCGUAGGAGGGGAAAAUGUCAUUCAGGGAAUUUUUUAGUCUUAAGCCCUUCCAUGUAGACUAUUUAGUACCUUUUUUCCGUCUCUACGUAAGAGUCAUGUUUCUUGUAUAAGAGAGUAAGUUGUAAUUAUAUUUUUUCCGCUUUGAUAUUUUGAGGCUCUUGCUAGCUUUCCAUUUGGCUAAUCUUGUUGUUUGUUUUAAGAUGAAGAAAUAGGAAGUGUUAACGUGGUCCAGUUUAUGAAUUUGCAAAUAUCACCACCGAACCCAACUACUAUUUAACCCAACUUCUUAUAAACACACACGUUUUAGUCGUUUAGCAUCAUAAGCA